AUGAUAGAGAGCGCAGCCUCAGACGCUGACCAUUUACUCCAUAACGCUGACCCUGAGAGUCUGCCUUCUGAAGACACACCUCAGGACACAUGCCAAACUUGCGAUCAGAUUGAGGUGGUGUCCAUUCAGGAGUCUACCGGGGAGGCCCUACCGAAGGAACGGUGCUGUAUGCGGUGUAGGAACAAGUAUAAGCCUGGAAAAGCGUCUUUUCUCUCCCAAUUUCCGUAUCUCAUCUCUAUAUUUGCGUCCAUCGGUUAUGACCAGCAGGUCAUGGCCCUGGCUCUUCCUCAGCUCAGCUCAGUCUAUGGGACUACCUCCAGCCAGAUGCAAUGGAUCAUCACAUCCUUCUACAUCGCAAACGCAGCCACAUCCGUCCUUAAUGGCCAUGUGGGGAAUAUGGUUGGCCCCAUCAUAUACACCCGCAUACUCUCCAUCGCUGCAGUCUGCCUUUACAUAGCAUCCAUCUUCAUGCCAAGAUUGGAACUGAUAAUACUUCUUAGGAUCUUCUCAGGGUACAGUGCAUCGGGACUUGUGGCCUGCAAGAACGCCCUCACCAAGUCGCUCAGUCCACCAGACAAACUUCAGAAGUACCUCAUGUGGCAGAUGACUGCGGUGAAUAUUAUCGCUGUCAUUAUCCCGUUCAUUGGAGGGGAGCUUGUUGACUAUAUGGGAUGGCAGAGCAUCUUUGUCGUCUGUGCUGUCCUGAACCUGUGCACAGUCAUUAAUAGCUUCAUAAUACCAAACCCGUACAAGACAAAGCUCAAGGUUCGCUUCGACUAUGGUGGCACGAUUCUGUUAACUAUUGCCGUGACCUCCUUUUGUCUUCUCUUCAGUUUCCUGGCCAUGAAUGCCUUCAUUCUGACCGCUAUAUUUGCAAUUAUGACUAUAGUAUUUUCCAUAUUCUUCUAUCUAAUCGAACGGAAAGUUCCUUAUCCGCUCAUACUAUUCAAAGCACUGCAGAAUCCAAUUGGGGCCAUGUAUUUUGUUUACGUUAUGCUAAACGUGAUAUCUUCUGGUUAUACUAUUCUAUUGCCGUAUGUCUUUACGAAAAAGUAUGGACUCAGCAGCCUUUCCAUAGGAAUGAUUAGUGGUUCCUCCUGCGUUUUGCGAAUAGUAGCGUCUGCAGUCACGCCGCUGAUAGAUUCUAGGGUUGUCAGGCGCCAUAUAAUUGGAUUUGCAUUCCUGGGGUCGUCUGUUGUUACUGCACUGGGUGCAUGCUUCUUGGGAGUGCACAUUUCGCUGGCAAUCAUCAUGCAAAUGAUACAAACGUUUCUUCUGGGGGUUGCCGGCACGCUCCUGUUCCCGAUGGUUCUUACUACUGCGCCACAGAAGUACUCUGCUUUGAUGAAUGGGCUUCCCACCAUGUCCAGAACCAUGGGGUCUUCCAUCGGGAAUUCAUUGUUCACUGCAAUCCAGAAUUUUAUUUUGCUGAUUGACUAUGGUCAGGCAGAGAUGUCUGGCCCUGACGACCCGUACUAUAUUAAGUCAUAUGUGUACGGAUGCCAGGUUAGCUUCUUCGUCGUGACUGGAUUGGCCAUCAUGGCAGGUAUCAUAUCUAUCCUGAGAAUACGUAACUCUAUAGAGGAGAAGAACAAAUACCUAUUCAAAGCAACUCAAAUUCCAUUACCGUAUGACGAGGACGAAGUAGAUGAUAAAGAAGAUAAAAUCUAA